AUGCCUCUUCGCAACCCCCGCAAAUGGAUCGUGGCAUCAGAACACGAAAUGGGAGACAGGACCCGAACAAGGCAACAGCACGAAUUCAUGUUUUAUAGGUAUAGGUCUGAACUCAUCGCCACAGUCAAUACAGGUUCUUGUAUGAGUCUGUUUUCUAAGAAUCAGGAACGAUGUGAAUCAAGGACUUUAGAGCCACAGGCUGCACUUUCUGGACGUGACACUGUGAACCAACUGUGUAUAGUAUUGUAUACAUAUGUUAUUGGGAAUUACAUGCGUAUGUUACAUGUCAUAUACCCAUACUGGAGAGCCCAUACAUGCCAGUUGAUCAUUAGCUAUUACCGCUAUUACGAUAUACGUCAUACUUGA